GACAGAACGGGGACAAGCGAAUCAGGGACGACGCAGGAGACGACGCUGGGGACAACGCAGGGGGACAACACUGAGUUCAACGCUGGGGAUGACGCAGGGGGCUACACAGGGGACAACGCGAGGGACAACACAGGGGACAACGCGGGGACAACACAGGGGACAACUCGGGGGACAACGCAGGAAGCAACGCAGGGGAGAACGCAGGGGGACAAGGGGACAACGCAGGGACAGCACCACGGGGACAACGCAGGGGACAACACAGGAAAGCGGAGAACGCAGGGGACACCGCGGGGACAACGCAGGGGACAAGACAGGGGACACAAAAGGGAGGAUGCAGAGGAGAACACGGGAAACAACGCAGGGGACAACGCACGGGGACAGCGCGAGGGACAACACAGGGGACAACGCGGGGACAACGCAGGGGACAACUCGGGGACAACGGACAACGCAGGAAGCAACGCAGGGGAGAACGCAGGGGGACAAGGCGAGGGACAACACAAGGGACAACACGGGACAACACAGGAGACAACACAGCGCAGGCAACAGGACAGGGGACAAGACAGGGGACAACGCAGGGACAGCGCCACGGGGACAACGCAGGGGACAACACAGGAAAGCGGAGAACGCAGGGGACACCGCGGGGACAACGCAGGGGACAAGACAGGGGACACAAAAGGGAGGAUGCAGAGGAGAACACGGGAAACAACGCAGGGGACAACGCACGGGGACAGCACGAGGGACAACGCAGGGGACAACGACAAAACGGGGACAAGCAAAUCAGGGACGACGCAGCAGACGACGCUGGGGACAACACAGGGGGACAACACUGAGUUCAACACUGGGGAUGACGCAGGGGACUACACAGGAAGAACCGCAGGGGACAAGACAGGGGACACUACAGAUGACAACGCAGGGGGCAACGCAGGGGACAAGGCGCAACAAGGGACAACGCAGGGGACGACUCAGGGGACGACGCAGGGGACGCAGAGGGAAAGACGCGGGACGACACAGGUGGUGACACACGGGGGAGGGUUCUGCUGCAGCCUUGUCCUGGCCCGCGCGUGGGCGGCCUUGGCCUCCUUCCAGAUUGACCGGCCCCGCGCGCGGGCGGCCUUGGCCUUGGUUUUGGCCUUCCAGAUCGACCGGCCCUGCGGCCUUGGCCUUGGUUUUGGCCCUUCCAGAUUGACCGGCCCUGUUGGGCACGCAAGGGUCUGGCCAUUGUCCUGGCUCGCGCGGGCGGCCUUGGCCUUGGUUUUGGCCCUUUCAGAUUGA